AUGGCUGCCUCCACCCUCCGCAUGCGCGUCCCCAACGUUAUGGGCCUUUCCAAAGGUGCCUGCUCCGGUCUGAGACGGCCGCAAGCCCUGCACCGAUUCAAGGACGCCGCUCGACCUCAAUUGCCCGCCCUUUCCGCCCUUUCUCGCUACUAUGCCUCCAAGCCCUUCCCUCCUCACACAAUCAUCAGCAUGCCGGCGCUGUCGCCGACCAUGAUGGCUGGUAACAUCGGUGCGUGGCAGAAGAAGGCGGGCGAUUCGCUGCAGCCCGGUGAUGUCCUGGUGGAGAUUGAAACCGAUAAGGCUCAGAUGGACUUCGAGUUCCAAGACGAGGGUGUCUUGGCCAAGGUUCUGAGGGAGACUGGUGAGAAGGAUGUUUCGGUCGGUGCUCCCAUUGGUGUCUUAGUGGAGGAGGGUACCGAUGUUGCGGCUUUCGAGUCGUUCUCCAUUGAGGAUGCCGGUGCUGAGAAGCCCGCCCCUGCCCCGGAGGCUAAGGAGGAAUCCAAGGGCGCUGCCGAUGCCGGUUCGGCCCCCUCUGCCCCGGAGCCCGCCCCUGCCGCCUAUGAGCCUGAGACGUCUGGUGAGAGGCUGCAGCCCAGUCUGGACCGGGAGCCCGCUAUCGGCCCCGCUGCCAAGGCCCUGGCUCUGGAGAAGGGUGUGCCGAUCAAGGCCCUCAAGGGCACCGGUCGCGGUGGCCAGAUCACAAAGGAGGACGUUGAGAACUACAAGCCCGCUGCCACUGCCGCUGGACCCGCCUUUGAGGAUAUCCCCCUGACCUCGAUGCGCAAGACCAUCGCCAACCGUCUCCAGCAGUCCGUGCGGGAGAACCCCCACUAUUUCGUCUCGGCCACCCUCUCUGUCAGCAAGCUGAUGAAGCUGCGCCAGGCCCUGAACGCCUCGGCCGACGGCAAAUACAAGCUCUCCGUCAACGACUUCCUUGUCAAGGCCUGCGCCGCCGCUUUGCUGAAGGUUCCCGCCGUGAACUCCAGCUGGCGCGAGGAGAACGGCCAGGUGGUGAUCCGUCAGCACAACACGGCCGACAUCAGCGUUGCCGUUGCUACGCCCAAUGGCCUGAUCACCCCCGUCGUCAAGAACGUGCAGGGCCUGGGUCUGUCGAGCAUCUCGAACCAGAUCAAGGACCUUGGCAAGCGUGCGCGUGACAACAAGCUGAAGCCCGAGGAGUACCAGGGCGGCACCUUCACCAUCAGCAACAUGGGCAUGAACGCCGCCGCCGGUAUCCUCGCCGUUGGGACCACCCGCAAGGUUGCCGUCCCCGUUGAGACCGAGGAGGGCACCGCGGUUGAGUGGGAUGAGCAGAUCGUCGUGACGGGCAGCUUCGACCACAAGGUCGUCGAUGGUGCCGUCGGUGGGGAGUGGAUCAAGGAGCUGAAGAAGAUUGCAGAUGAAUCCGAAAGCACCGCCUCCCUCGUGGACGUCGACUCACCGCACGUGACGGCAGUCGACUCGAGCUUCCUCAGCCAAGACAUCAAGACCACCACGCAAGCCGAGCGCAUAGAGCGCGAGGAGAACGCGAAAGCGCAGCGAGAAGCCGCCGAGCAGCGCGAGAGCAAGGGGCGUACCCGCCGUGGCCGCAUCAGCCGCAACAAGAGCAACCCUGUCUACGUGGGCAACGCUCUGGUGCUCGGCUUGAUCGGCGCGGGUCUCGGUCUCGGCGCUUACAGGAAGCAUCUGGAUGGCAAGCUGUCGUGGCAGCUGGUGGGUGCCUGCUCUGGGGCGCUUGGUGCGUUUGGUGUGGUGGAUUACUACGUGAGCAAACUCCUCUGUGGCGCGUGCUGUCUUUUGAGUUCAGUUGAAUCUACAGGCCAAAUCGCCGCAUCGCUGGCGUCCCUAUCCCGGACCGUCGACGACUACUCCGCUCUAUCCAAAAAAGAACUGAUCCCCGAGAAACAACAAAAAGCCUUCGAGCGGACCAAGAACUUCCGCACCGAACUCACAGACUACCGCCAGCACUUCGACCGACUAAGAAAGGCUCGAGAAGAAGCGCAAUCGGUCACAAAUCGCAACGAACUCCUCGGUCGCCGUCCACACAACACUGCCACGCCCGAGAACCCCUACGCGCAAUCGGCGCUCCCACAGUCGUCGGCGUUUGCGCCCUCUUCGUCGCGGUCAGGUCUCAGUUUCGGUGCCUCCCCGUCGGACUAUAACCGGGAGACGCAUGCGCUGCGCGAGCAGUCGUUUUUCUCCAACACGCACACCCAGCUGGAUGACUUUUUGGACCGGGGACGGGCCGUGCUGUCGGAUCUGGGGCAGCAGCGGGAGAUGCUCAAGGGUACUCAGCGGCGGCUGUACAGCGUGGCUAAUACGUUAGGGAUCAGUGGGGAUACGAUUCGCCGGGUGGAGCGACGGGCGAGAGAGGACAAGGCGAUCUUCUGGGCGGGAGUGGUGAUUUUCUUCCUGUUUUGCUGGCUGGUGUUGCACUUUUUGCGGUAG